AUGGCACCUCUACCGGCCGCACGGGUUACUCCUGCUCAAGCUUUCUCUCGCACUGGAGUUGACUACGCUGGCCCAUUCAAUAUUUUGUCUGCUAAGGGCCGAGGCAUCUGCACAAGCAAGGGCUACGUCGCGAUCUUCGUCUGCAUGACCACCAAGGCGUCACACCUUGAGCCCGUUGGUGAUCUCUCCACCGAGUCAUUCAUUGGAGCGCUCACAAGAUUCUGCGUCAGGCGCGGUCAGCCCUUAGAGAUCUGGAGUGAUAACGCCACCUGUUUCCGCGCCGCAGACCGUGAAAUGCGCGAGGCUCUCCAGGAUGCCGAGAUAAAGUGGGAACGUGUUGCUGGCUCACUGGCUGAACAAGGCGUCACGUGGCACUUCAUUCCUCCACGGGCGCCCCACUUCGGUGGACUAUGGGAGGCCGAUGUCAAAGCAAUGAAACAUCAUCUCCGUCGUGCCCAUGGACCACGCAACCUCACCUACGAGGAGUUUUCCACCGUUUUGGCCAGCAUUGAGGCGGUCCUUAAUAGCCGCCCUCUCACUCCAUUCACCGGAGGCUUAGAUGAUCUGGACAUCCUCACCCCUGGACACUUCCUCGUCGGUGGCCCGCUGAAUUCUGUGCUUGAGGCCAGUACCCCGCCCGAGAAGCUAGAUCGCCUAAGUCACUGGAAGCUGGUCCGGGGAAUCCGAGACCAGUUCUGGAGCCGCUGGAGCCGCGAGUACUUGAACACGCUCCAACAACGACCAAAGUGGAAGGUCCCACGUCUUAAUUUCCAGGUUGAUGACGUCGUCGCCGUGGUGGACGCCACGCUCCUCCAGUCUAGCGGCACGUGGCCACUCAAGCGCAUCAUCUCGGUUCAUCCCGGACCCCACGGGCUCGUUCGCGCCGCCACCAUCCAGACCGCCACUGGUGAAUACACCCGUCCCAUCAGCAAGCUCUCUCUACUGCCCGUCCGAUCGCCUAGUGCCAGCGACGCCGCCUCCAAAGACCCUGUGGCUGAAUCUGACCCAGGUACGGUGGGCGGAGACUGA